CGCAAGAACUGUGUACAUUUUCACCGUCAUCAUCGGGAAGCGGCAGCGGACGUCAUGCAGCUGUCCGAAGUGAGUGAGCUGCGAAGCAUCGUAAGCCUCAUGCGGCUGAACGCAUGCAACAGUCCUCGAUUCCACGAUCGCCAGGACUCUGAAGUGGACCGUAUCUACAACUCGUCGCCGAAAGUGGCCUCGUACGAAAUGCGAUCGUCCUGGAUGGACCGGCCGUCGAUCCAAUUGGCGGUGCCGUCCGUCGCCCCACCACAGUCUCAAACACAAGCGCAAUUGCCGAAUGAUGACGUGGUAUCGUGCGACGACGACGCAUCCGUCUCGUCGUUCAAGGCGAAACCCCCUGCAAUCCAGGAGAAUAAGCAAACGCGCAACGACACAAAGGACGCGUUGGCCGCCGCGCCAAACGGCAAGCCGAAAGUCGUUGUGUUCGAUGCAAAGAAAGCGUCCUCUUCAAACGCGGAUGCAGGUGCUGGUGAGCCGCCGACGUUCGUGUUUGAGCGGGAAGACGUUCCCUCCUUCAUCCAGUCUGUGCAGACGUCGCUCCUGGAUGCUGCGCUGCGCGGGGCCAUGAUGAUCAAUAACAACGGCAACGGCCCCUCGACCAUGCACAAAACCCACCACGCCAUGGUCGACGCGCCGAUGAUCCCGCUCCAAAUCUACCUCCCAAACCGCGCCGAGAUGCAAGUCGAACUGUACGAAAUCUCGACCGUGGAAGAAGCGAUUCAGACGAUCCUGAUGACGCAUUUGCAAGAAGGCAAGCGCCCGCAGUUGUACUAUGGCCAUCCCGAGUGCUACGACCUCCGACUGCACGAAGCCAACGGGUAUCCCGACGAAGACUUUCCAGCGCUGGACCGCUCGCGCAAAAUCAAAAACUUUGGGGACAACGGGAACCACGAGUUUUGUUUGUGCGAACGGUCAGAAGCGUGUCCGCCACCGGAUGGAUCACCUCCAUCGAGUGCAGACCCGUCGAUCAUCCACCGAGGUGGUCCCCAGCACUCGAUCCCACCUGGAGACUCGCGCCGCAUCGCGACGAGCGGCGACAAGAACAUUCUCAAGAUCAUCAUGCCGAACGAGAACCACUCGGUGAUCCCGAUCAAGGACGGCACGACCGGCAAGGACUUGCUCCCGAUGCUCAAGAAGAAGCAUCGACUGCCCAUGCUGGACGAGUACAUCCUCAAGGUUAGCGAAGCCGACAAACUGCGUCUGGACCUGCCGUCCGAGAUCAUUGAUUUGGAGACGAAUUUGAAACCUCUCGGGCUGCAAGAAGUCACGUUGGCACGAAAGGUGUAUGCCGACGCCCCGGCGCCAGCUCCCCCGCAGUCGAACGUAUUUGGCGAAACCGCGGUCGAAAGCGCGGAAGCCAUCAAUAAGAACGUCCGGCCGCCCCCGUCGACUUUUAUGUAUAACGACGUGAAAGCGGCCAUGUACAAGGAGUGGACUGUGAUCAAAACCAACAAGUUUGGAAAGCGCCAGCAUCGCAUGUUGGGCGUAGACUCGCACAAGGUGUACAACUCGAAAGUCGGCGAGCGCGCGAUGAUCUCUCGCACCAACAUCAAAGUGGCAGAACGCCCGAUCUCGAGCAUUACGUGGCUUCGGUUCCUUCCUGGACCGUGCGACUUUCAGAUCCAGUACAGCCAGCCCGACGAAGAAACGAUUGAUUACUCCGCUGCAAGUGCAUACGAAUGCGCCGAGAUCGUCGCCAAGAUCAAGUACAUCCAGGAAAUGCACAAGCGCAAGUAGGGCCUCGGCGACGCUACGACGUGAUCUGAAUGCUAUAUGACUUUGCAACGGGGGUGGAUUUCGGCAUGGG